CUAUAACAUAAUACUCCAUUGCACACAAGAAGCUCCGUUCUUUGACGCGGGCUUCCUUCCCACCUUUUAACCUGACUUGCCCAAGCUGUUUACUUGAAACUGGAAAACUACUGCUAAGCUGAUAAGCUAAUAGCCAGGAUGGCUCGCGCUCAACGCGCCCUUCCGCUCGCGCUGGUGGCGCUCCUCGCCAGCGCGUGGAUGUGCCAGCUUGCCUGCGCCCAACUGUCGGACGAGAAGCGUGACGGUCCCAACCCCCACGAUGGUCCCCAUGGUGGCCCUCAUGGUCCCCACGACGGCUCCCACGAUGGGCCUCACCAUGGACCUCACCAACCCCAUGACGGUCCCCGCGACGGCCCUCACGGACCCCAUGGACCCCACCACGGCCCGGACGCCCCACCCCGACGCCGCCGACCUGGCCGCCCUCCCCCGCCCCGGAUUUGAGGCAGCCACCGGCCCCUUCGUCGCCACCGCACUUGCUGCCGACUCCGCUGGUGCUGACGGAGGCGACCGCCCUCCGCACCCUCGCCCUCCUCCCCACCCGCCCCUGCCGCUGCCCGCCUGGAUGACCGACAUGCUGUGCGGUCCGCCGCCGCCGCCCCCCGGCGCUGGCGCUGAGGGCGGCAUCAACGGCCCGCGCUCCGGUCACGGCUUUGGCGGACCUGCUGACGAUGAGCGCGCGGUGCCCUUUGGCGGCCCCGAUGGCGGCGGCCCCCGCGGCGGCCCUGACAGCGGCUCUGACGGCGGCCCGCACGCGCCUACAUGGUUCAUGGGCUGGAUGGAUUGGCUCAGCGGCGGCCCCCCGCACCCCCGUGGCGACGGCCCCUGCCCGCGUGCUGGCGCCUUUGGUGCCGCCGGCGCUGACCCCAGGGCCAUGUACGACGGCGAGGGGCUGAUGCGCGACUUCGACAUCCAGCACCCAGACGACGAAGUGGAGAUGGAGGCGGCCAUUGCGGCGGCGUUGGAAGCUGACAUGGCGGCCCGGCAACAGCAGCAGCAGCAGCAGCAGCAGCAGGUGCAACAGGUGGAGGCAGCGGCCGUGACGAAGGAUAUGGAGCAGCAGCAGGUGCUGCGUGUGGGUGGCAGGAGCGCGGACCCGCACGCAGGCCGCGCGGGCCGCGGCGCCAUUGGGAGCACCAGCCGGCGCCGGGCGCUGCGUGCGGGCCGGCUUUGAUAGCUGCGGCUGCUUCCGUUCUCGCUCUGUACUGAGGGUAUUUAAUUCCUGUGGGAAUGUCUGUUGGGUGCAUAUGACGGGGCUGUGAAUUUAUACCUUGCAUGCUGGCAGGGCCGCCCGGUGUAACAUUACAACGCUUUUUCGUCCUUCAUGAUGUGUGAAAAUGUGCUGGGUGCAGGAUUGUUCGUUCAGUGGCAGGACUCGCGCGGGUGGUCAAACCUGUGGUGUGCAAAUGGGUCACACAUACUCGUGUGUGAGAGCAUCGGUAGAUAGGGACUGGAUGAGAUGCUGAGCUCAUGAACAUGUUUGAUGGUCACAUGCCGGCCACCAGGGGACCACAGCCAUAUCGUAAAUACUGACAACCUCAGACCUCGCAUGGACAGAUGAAUGCAAUGUGGUGACAGAGACAAGACAGGGUUUCUUGUGUGUGUUUCGAGCACGAGUUCGUGCAUGCUUGGAGGGUCAGCCAUGGGGCCCAUUAUGCCCUGUGUAAUACACAUCUGAC